AUUGUGCUUUCUUGGCUGGCUUUUCCUGUGCUGGGCAGUGGUGGUGCAUGUGGGGGCUAACUGGUCUGGUUGUGUUUUCUAGGAAGAUCAGUGCCAUGGAUUCUCACCUUUUAGGAGUGAUAUUGCUCCUGGCAGUGUUUACCACACAAGUGAAAACAGACCCACCCCCUGGAACUGUCCAAAGAGAAUGUCGUGAUCGUUACUUCUACAUCUGGAUUGAAAGAAGCUUCCUCUUGGGCAGAAACUGGAGCAUUGAUGCAAGUGAUGAAUCUCUAGUCCGGAUCCCACUGACACCACAGUUUGCAGCAACAUGUGGCUUCACUGUCACCUCCGAUAAAAGGGGUAAUCUUGAGAUCCGGGUUUCAUUCCUUGCCUGUCUGGUUCAGAAUGAUAAUGAUGACACCUUUGCCUUAACCAUGCAUUUGAGUGUUGAGAACCAGUUCAUUCCUCAUCACUUCUCCACUUACACUUUCUCAAUGACCUGCGGACUUGGUUAUCACUGGAGUUCAAGAGAAAUAGUUUGUGAAGAAAACUACAUGGAGGUCUCCGUUAGGAGGUUGUUUCCUGGUAUUGCCGAAGAGCAAAUGGAAACUGAGGAUUGGGAAGCAGUUAUUCCAGCAGCUCAAGAGGCUAUAACCUCAGUGUGGCAGAUUGUAUUCCAAAUGGGUGAAGGGGAGAAUCUGCAGCUGAAGACCAUGACCACCACAGAAGCCCACUCCCUUGGCUAUGGAGUUAACACCACCGCCUCUCGUGUUGUGUUCCGUGCCCCUUACAAUUCCACUGAAUCCAGCAUCAUAAUGAUUGACAACAUGCCAGUUGAAAGCAUUAAAGCAACAGUAUUCUACAAGCAAAGGUGGCUGAUCCUGUUAGUUGACAGCUCUACUGCUUGUCCAGUUGGCCCUGGCAUCUUAAAAGACGACAGGCUGGUUUGGCCUACACCCAGGGUUUUGGAGCCAUUGGUAUUCCCUGCCAAUAUCACUGCUGACAUGAUCACCAUGGGUGUAGAAGGGAAACUCCUUGAUGAUGAGACUCUUCAGAGAAGAGGUUAUGACCUUCAUAUCAAUGCUUCUGUCAUUGCCAUUGCUGUCCCAGUUGGAGCAGUGGGAGGCUGGAGCAAGAGUCAUGCAAUCAAUAACACCUAUGGGAUCAUCUACAGUAUCUACUUGCUUCUGGAACACCAGUGGCUAGACCACCUACAGGAACUGACCCAGCACAGGGUGUAUCGCCUGGUAUCGACUCCCUUCAUCCCCAAGGUUCUAUAUCUCAUUGAUACUGACGCUACUCAUCCUAAGCAACACUUCAACAUCUCAGUGGGGCCAUUCCUUCCUGAUGUGGAGUUGGUGUCCAUUACAGUGGCAGGCAAGAAUCUCUCUGUCAAUGACAUGAAGAAACAUGGCUACAACAUUUACCCAACCUAUUAUCCUAAUGAUACCAUGGACUUCAUUGUAGUGGCAGAUGUUGGGGCCCCAUUCAUAAAACAGCAGUACCUGUAUGAUGACAUCAGAAGAUAUACAAUGAACAUGACAUUGAACUUUGCUACAAUACCAGACAAUGUUACCUUUGCAACACCAGUGGUAAUAACAGUUGAUGUGCAUGAUGUUGUGCUGCCAGUCAUGAAGGGACACUGUCUUAAUGAUACCCUCUACCUGCUCCUGCAACAUGGUGAUCUGGAUCACUACUGGCUUCCUUAUGUAGCUGAUGAGCCCCUGACCUAUGAGCUCGCUCAGAGCUAUGGUUACAUGGCCUUGGAGAAUGGUACACACUUCUCCUUGGAAGUCCCCUUCCAUUCUCCGGGAGUUGUCUACGAGGAAGUCUCUCUGCACGAAUUGCAAGCCAGGAUUUCCUUCAGUCUGAAGGACAACCAGACACUGAAGGUCUACAGCAGUUUCACAGUCCAAUGUAACUUCUCCAUCCCUGAGAAGGAAGUGCUGGUGUGUUUCCAGAAUGGUACUGUGGCCAUCACCGUCAAGCCAUCAGUCACCCUCCCAGAGAUUGAUCUCUCUAAGCUUGUGCUGAAAGAUCCCAAAUGUGGACCCAAAGAACACAAUGCAAUGAAGGCACUCUUUGUGUUUGAUAUCAACUCCUGUGGAACCAUUGGAAGGAUCACAAAUGACUUUCUCAUCUAUGAGAAUGAGAUCUCUUACCUGAGAGAAGCCAUCCCAAUUGACAUCCCCAUAAUAACCAGAGAUCCUGACUACAGGUUGACUAUUCUGUGUCGCUACCCAAUCAAUGAGACUCUGACCAUCCAAGCACGGUUUGGCCAUAUCCCCAUGGGAUUCCAACUGCCUGAUAGUGUGUCACUGGUCAGACAGACACUGAAGACUGAAGAGAGGAAUGGUCUGAAUCUGCAUGCAAGGCUGGCACGAGACUUGUCCUACACUACCUUCUACAAGGAUGAAGACUACCCAGUGCCUGUCCACUUGAAUCAACCACUCUAUUUUGAGAUUGAGCUAUAUAACCAGGAUCCCAAUGUUGAAUUGUUCUUGGAAAACUGCUGGGCCACUCCAUCUGAGGAGCUGGCUGGACAGCCACAGUGGGAUAUCAUUGUGGAUGGCUGUGCAAACCACAUGGAGACCUACACCAGUACCUUUCACCCUGUCCUUACUAAGGAUGUGGAGAACCCUUUCUCUCUGAAGAGGUUUGAAGUCAAGACCCUUGUCUCCAAUAACUCUGGUGGAUUGGAGGGUCUGGUGUAUUUCCACUGCAAUGUAGCAAUUUGUGACUUGAGCAAUCCAGAUUCCCUUUGUAGAAGGACAUGUUCUCCUAGCAAGAGAGGAGGCCACACGAUCACUCACUCAACUAGAGAGUUCCAUGGUGCUGUAUCCUCUGGGCCUAUCAACAUCCUGACUCGAGUGAGCCAGUCUCCAAAUGAGACCACUGGAGCCCACUGGAAGCUGUCACGGGUAGUGUUACUAGCUGUUGGUAUUGCUGUAGUCAGCAGCCUCCUGCUUCUAGCUGUGAUUUAUCUUGUAAAAUCAAGAUGCUACUGAACAUUUGAAUAAACAGAACAAACUCCA